AUGGCGUCUGUCGCGCCAGAGUAUGGUUACAGACCCAAUGGCUUCACGGAAUAUGAAAUCUCGGAAGUGCCAAUUCAUACUCGCCGACAACUACGAGUAGUUUGUCUUGGCGCAGGAUACUCUGGUAUUCUCAUGGGCAUCAUCUGGAACCAGCGCAUGCAGGAUCGGAAUGCAGACCUCGUGAUUUACGAGCGAAACAACGACCUAGGGGGGACAUGGCUAGAAAAUCGGUACCCUGGCUGUCAAUGCGACAUCCCGGCGCACAACUAUGCGUACUCGUUUGAGCCAAAUCCGGAGUGGCCAAACUAUUAUGCAACGUCCGGCCAAAUAUACACCUAUCUGAAGAAGACAGCCAUUAAAUACGAUGUUGAGAAGCGUAUCAAGUACCGACACAGUGUUCAGAAUGCUGUCUGGAAUGAAGAAAAUGGCAAAUGGAACCUCACGGUUCAACAUGGAGACCGGAUAUUCCAGGACGAGUGUGAUGUUUUCAUCAACGCAGGGGGUGUUCUCAACAACUGGAAAUGGCCCGACAUCGAAGGCUUCGAGACAUUCCAAGGCAAGCUCGUUCACUCGGCCAAUUGGGACGAGUCCUACGAUUACUCUGGAAAGCGAAUCGCUGUCAUUGGAAAUGGCUCUUCUGCCAUCCAAAUCAUCCCGAAGAUGGCUCAGGCUGCUUCACAGCUCACAUCGUUCAUCCGUUCGCAUGCUUGGAUAUCUCCUGCUCCGGGCAUUAAUGAACCCACUGGAAACGACCCGGAUAUGGACGAGAAAUACAACUAUGCCCCGCAUGUUCUCGAGCAGUUCAAAGAUGAUCCGAAAUCGUGUCAAGAGCACUGCAAGAACCUCAUUGAUAGACGACUGACCAACUUCAAAAGAACCCAUGUCCAUUCAGAGGAACAAAAGGCUGCCCGCCAACUCUUCCAAGAUAUUAUGAAACAACGUCUUGGAGACAGCCCCAAAGGCAAAGCUUUAUACGACAUGCUUGUUCCAAAGUUCCCUGUAGGAUGUCGACGACAGACGCCAGGUCCAGGUUAUCUGGAGGCGCUACUCCAGGAUAAUGUUGAGACAAGAUGGGAUGACAUUGCUCGAAUCACUCAAAAGGGAAUAUACACAAAGUCUGGAGAGGAAUUAGAGUUUGAUGUGAUUGUCUGCGCAACAGGCUUUGAUACAACUUUCAAACCACGAUUCCCCACUGUGGGAAAAAAUGGGGUGAACCUAGGUGAAAAGUGGACUAAGGAGAUGCCAAUGUGUUACUUUGGAAUGGCAGCUGCAGACAUGCCAAACUAUUUUAUGUUCAUUGGCCCCAGCUCGCCUAUAUCCAACGGGUCUCUCGUCCAAGGGAUCCAGAUGAUGGGCAUUUACAUUUGGAAGUGCAUCGACAAGAUUCAGACCGAAUCUAUCAAGAGCCUCACUAUCAAAACUGACGCUCUCAAGGAUUACUUUACCCACAUACAGAAAUUCCUGGACAGAACAGUCUGGGUGGGCGGCUGUCGCAGUUGGUAUAAGAGAAAUACUACUGAUGGUCCUGUCGUUGCUAUUUACGGUGGAACAAGCUUUCACUACCUAGAGGCAUUACGCAACCCCCGAUGGGAAGACUACGAUGUGGAGCUUCUUCCGAUGAAAGUUCCCAAUCGAUUUGCAUAUUUGGGGAACGGAUUCACGAUGCGAGAGGUGACGAAUGGGUCUGUGGCCGAUACACAAACAUUGAAUUUCGAUGAAUACUGGAACUUGUUUGUUUUGCCUGAUAUUUAUGCCUGA